UAUUCGCUGCUCUACGACCAUGGCGAGAGGGGCAUCUCAAUCUCAGUCCGCCACCAGGGCCUCGACUACGCGUCCAGGAGUCGUGGCUCCUCGUGGAUCCGCUGCCGCCACUGCUGGCAUGCGCCGCCGUCGCAUGACCGGGGCAGGUGGCUCUGGAAGCAGCUCCUGCGGGGGAGGGGGAAGUGGGAGUGGUUCCGGAGCAGGCGCCAACAUGCUGAGGUUCUACACCGACGACGCCCCGGGACUGAAGAUUUCGCCUACCAUGGUGCUGGUGAUGAGCCUGUGCUUCAUCGGAUUCGUUACGGCCCUCCACGUAUUUGGCAAGCUCUACCGCUCUCGAUCUGGCGGCGAUUGAGAUGACAUCGGAUGAGGCGCGUGGUGUUAGAUCCAUUGAAUUUACAGUUGAGAGAUCCGUUAGGGAAGCGCCAUUUUCGGUUCUCCAAUGGGUAAGGGAAAGGACUGUUUACGGUUUUGCUUGCUUCUUUUUUAGAUUGGACUUUGUUAUUUUCAGAUCGGAAUAUGGUUGCCGAAGACAGUUUUGGCCUUACUGCGACGUUCCACUGAUGGCAUGCACUAUUCAUUAUUCAUGACUUAUAUAAUUUAACCAUCCAGAUGGUUGUUUUUUGAGGUUUGAACCUUUCGAUUGUUGUCAC